UUUAGUUGAUUUUCUGUGGUUGUUGGUUGUUCGCUAGUCUCACGGUGAUGGAAGCUGCAUAUUUUUUCGAAGGGACCGAGAAGCUGCUGGAGGUUUGGUUCUCCCGUCAGCAGCCCGACGCCAACCAGGGAUCUGGGGAUCUUCACACUAUCCCGAGAUCUGAUAGCACGUUUGUCUGCAAGAGACGUUUCAUUUUGAAGACCUGUGGUACCACCCCCUUACUGAAAGCACUGGUUCCCCUGUUGAAGCUUGCUAGGGAUUACAGUGGGUUUGAUUCGAUUCAAAGCUUCUUUUAUUCUCGUAAGAAUUUCAUGAAGCCUUCUCACCAAGGGUACCCACACCGGAAUUUCCAGGAUGAAAUAGAGUUUCUUAAUGCAAUUUUCCCAAAUGGAGCAGCAUAUUGUAUGGGAUGUAUGAAUUCUGACUGUUGGUACUUGUAUACUCUGGAUUUCCCAGAGAGUCGAGUAAUCAGCCAACCAGAUCAGACCCUGGAAAUUCUGAUGAGUGAGCUUGACCCAGGAGUUAUAGACCAGUUCUACAUGAAAGAUGGUGUUACUGCAAAGGAUGUCACUCGUGAGAGUGGGAUUCGUGACCUGAUACCAGGUUCUGUCUUUGAUGCCACACUGUUCAAUCCUUGUGGGUAUUCAAUGAAUGGAAUGAAAUCGGAUAGAACUUAUUGGACUUUUCACAUCACUCCAGAACCAGAGUUUUCUUAUGUUAGCUUUGAAACAAAUUUAAGUCAGACCUCCUAUGAUGACCUGGUCAGGAAAAUUGUGGAAGUCUUCAUGCCAGGAAAAUUUGUGACCACCUUGUUUGUCAGUCAGAGUUCUAAAUAUCACACAGUGCUUUCUUCACCCCAGAAGAUUGAAGGUUUUAAACGUCUUGAUUGUCAGAGUGCUAUGUUCAAUGAUUACAACUUUGUGUUUACCAGUUUUGCUAAGAAGCAGCAACAGCAGCAGAGUUGAUUAAGAAAAAUGAAGAAAAAAACGCAAAAAGAGAACACACAUAGAAGGUGGUGGCUGCUUUCUAGAUGUUGAUACCAGGGGCCAUGCUUUCCAUAACCGCCACCUUGUAGUUGCAGAAAGCCCUAGAUGUAAUGAUAGUGUAAUCAUUUUGAAGUGUAUGCAUUAUUAUAUCAAGGAGUUAGAUAUCUUGCAUGAAUGCUCUCUUCUUUGUUUAGGUAUUCUAUGCCACUCUUGCUGUGAAAUUGAAGUGCAUGUAGAAAAAAACUUUUACUAUAUGAAACUUUACAACACUUGUGAAAAUAAUUCAAUUUGGUUUAUGCACAGUGUAAUAUUUCUGCAGGUAUCAUUCAAAAUUCCCCACAGAC